AAGUGAACCAAGUAGCCACAGUCUCUGAACUGCUGUCCUUAAACCAACUAUCUCUUUGUGUGAGGUGCUGUUUUAUCUUUCAUAAAAUGUUCAUCUUCUCAAGAGUUCAAGUUAUAUACUUUACCUUAUUAUUUAUUCAUUAUUCUGAAAGUCACUUUCUAAGAGCAAUAAUGUUCAGGCGUCCAGUAGAGUGUAUAGUGUAUUACUCAAAAGGAUUUUGUACCAGAGAGUAUUUUCCAGUCUGUGCAACCAAUGGCCGUACUUAUUUCAACAAAUGCACUUUCUGUCUUGCAUAUAGAGAAAGCGGUGGUUCAUUUACUAUGUCACAUUAUGGCAGAUGCUAAGAUUUGGAU